CCAAAUCAAACAAAUAUAAUUAUUUAAUUUAUUAAAUUUACAAUUUUACCCUCAUCUUCUUCCUCAGCAUCCUCCCUCUCAAAUCUUCUAAGUUCACUCUAAAUCAAACAUUCAAUUCAAUGAGAUCAAUUAAUUCAUCAUCAUCAUCAAACAAAAUUGCCUCGUUCGAGGCUUGCUGGGUCAGGUUUAGCUGCUGGAAAUACCAACAAAAGAAUUGGGGAAUUUGGAUCAAAAGAUGGCUUCUUUGCAUGAGUCGAUAUGGAGGAAAGCUGGUAUUUUUGAGGCCAUCAUGAAUUCUACCUACACAAUAGUUAGAAAUGAUGAUUUGCUGUUUGGAGUUGCAGAGAGAUGGUUUAAGGAAACCAAGAGUUUCAUCUUUCCGUGGGGUGAAGCCACGAUCACACUAGAAGAUGUAAUGAUCUUAGGGGUUUACUCUGUUUUGGGCUCCCCUGUUUUCUCUGCUCUUGAAACAAAGGAUUUGAAGGACAAAGAGGGAAAACUUGUAAGGGCAUGGAUAGAAGUCACAGAACUUCGUAGGAGACCAUCAAAGAAGGCAAAUCAAGAAAGGGAAAUGUGGGUGUCAGUUCAUUCAGGCCUUGAUGAUGAAUUGUUGUCCAUUCGAUUCUUGAGGGUUUCAGAGCUCGUUGCGUUUGUUACUAUUCAGCAAUACUUGCCACAUAGAGUAGCAAUGCAAUUUGGGCAUGAUCAACAUCUUCCGGGUAGUGUUGCUCGAUCAAAUGGGUGUUUUGAGAUUGCUUGGGGUGAUUAUAGCAAGACUGUUGGUGUUGGGAGAUCGUAUAUUCCAUCCAGGUUUUUUGAGGCAGAUAUCACAAAUUCACAAUCCGGUACUAGGAAUGGUGGAAAGAAUCAGUAUCGUGUCUUAAUGUGCAUAGAGGUUCUGGGAAUUUUGAAACUACACCAAAAGUCUAGCGGAAUAUGGGAAGGAGACAGUGUUUCAAGUUUUGUAAUGAUACCAAAAAAUCUUAAGAGAGCCAAAAAUGGUUCUAUUCAACCAGGUUCCUCCUUUGUCCAGAGAUUGAAGACUUCGGUUUGGAUUUUGACCCCUAGGAAUAAAGUUAUCAAUGCAUCUUCUGCUCUAAGUAUUGCCCAUAAACUCAAUGUGAUACGGAACAAGAAAGUUGACCACGUUGGCCCUCCUUCGAAGUUUUUGAAAUGUUCAGCUCAUAGUUCUGAGAGAAAGGAAGAAAAAGGGGCUUUAGUAAGUCCUCUCAAAUUCCCUCCAAAUAUUUUACCAGGAUCAGUAGAGUGUUCUCAAGGAAAGAAGAACACCAUGAAUGCUGCUUCUUCUGUUGUUAUUGAUGAUUCAGAUGGUUCGGACUACUCAGUUCUUAUCUUGGAUGUUGAAAAGAAAGCAAAAGAUAAUUCUACUUCUGCUAGCUCCCCUUCUAGGACUACGAAGGAGCUACAUGAUGAUUUUAGAGUCAAAAAGGAACUUGACAGUUCCCCAAUUCCUCCUGGUUUUCCACCAAAGGGCAAAACGGUGAAAGUAAGGUGUUUAGUCGGAGAUGAUAAUGUGACCAUCAUAGAGCAUUUAAAGUCAUUUUGCAAGCAUGAAGAUGAUUUUGAAAGGCCAAGUUUGCCUGAUAGACAUUCUUCUGAUUCUUAUAGUGGAGAUAACUUACUCGUUUAGAAAUGCUGUUAUGUAGUAGAAAAGCUCAGCAAAGUUGAAUGUAACUGUGCAAGGAAGUGGGCAAUGGGGGAAACGCAUCCAUGACGAUUGCUUGAUACAUGAUUUUUGUGCCAACGUUUUAUGCUUAGAUUUGUUGGCUUGUUUUAAGUCCCCUUUGCCUGAUGCGUGUAGUGCCAAUGUUUUGUGUUUGUAUGUAAUAGCUGGCGCCUUUUUUUUUUUUUAAAA